AUGCCAUACACAUACAAGUCGAUCAUCCCAUACGACAGCCCCCUACUUGAUGUCAACAAGCCCCUCGACGUCCCUGUGUGCAUCCACUGCAAUGAGCCUCUUCUGGACUCGAGCCAGGUAAUAGUCGAGUGCGCCGACUCUUGUGGCCACCACAAGUCUCAGUGCGUCACCUGUCUCUUGAUGGAGAUUGAUGAUUGUUGCAUCGAGAUCUCUUCCGAAGUUGCUGGCACUGUCAGUGCUCUACUCGAAAGCAAAGUUUUCGAAAAGUCUGUCCCGGUGAUGGAGAUUGACUUCUCGAUUCGCGACUAUCUCGAGACUGCCUUAGGUUCUCGCAUCUGGUUGAAUUCCUACACAAACCACGCGAACCAGGUCACUGGCGCUGUUGCUACUAACAACAUUCCCGAGUAUCUCAAAGUUACUCUUGACGACCAGCGUCCCUGUGAUUCCACCUUCAAACCCACUGCCAUCGAAUCAAAUGUUGCCCCUGAGAACCACCACGAACACAACACCACCUCUUCUGAUGGUCACCUCUGUAUCCACUGCGACUCUGAGUGUCCGAAUCUAAACGACGACCUUCUCGAGUUGUAUCUCCACGAGCCUGAAGCGGCUACUGCCCACUUCUCCGCGCGGGAGGACCUCACUGUCGACCAACUUCCUGAUUAUGUUGACGAAGACGAACUCUCCACCCCCAACUCCGAGAUCGAGAUCAUCUGCAACGACCUUGGUUGA